ACUGUUGUUCGUGUCCGCGUUUCCGGCCGGACCCCCGCUGCGGCCGCUCCCUCUUCCGCCUCGGUUCCUGCAGCGCUGUGGAGUUAGCACCGCCCGCUUCUCCCGCAGAGUUUCACAGUUUUAGGAGGAUUUAACCUGGAUUUGGAGAACCUCUGCGGACAUUUAGGAGGACUGUGGAGGCGCGGAGAGGCCCGGCCCGAGCUGCCCGAGCUGCCCGAGUAUGGUGUGAGACAGACCGGCUCUGACACCGCGCAGAGUUGUUCAGGAUGUUGACGUUGGCGAGUAAACUGAAGAGAGACGAGGGCACGAAACACAGCUCUGAGUCCAGCCACCGAGUGUCAGUGAGGGACCGCCUCCUCACCAAAGAAGUGGCAGAUCUAGAAGCCAACCUGCCCAGUACGUGUAAGGCCAGUUUCCCCGAUGAAGACAAACUGCAUCACUUUCAGCUCGCAGUGUCUCCAGAUGAGGGCUAUUACCAAAGUGGGAGGUUUCAGUUUGAGAUAGAUGUUCCUGAAGCCUACAACAUGGUGCCUCCUAAAGUUCGCUGUUUGACCAGAAUAUGGCACCCGAACAUCACAGAGAGCGGAGAGAUCUGCCUCAGCCUCCUGAGAGAACACUCCAUCGACGGGACAGGAUGGGCCCCCACCAGGACAUUAAAGGACGUGGUUUGGGGCUUAAACUCUUUGUUUACGGAUUUACUGAAUUUCGACGACCCUCUCAACAUCGACGCUGCAGAACACCACCUGAGAGACAAGGAGGACUUCCGUAAUAAGGUUCAGGAUUACAUCAGGAACUACGCCAGAUGAUGUCACCCGCGUCGCCGCGAGAUGACAUCACCCCUGUCCCUCAGUGAUGACGUCAUCUCCGCCCGCACAAACCCACUGUCGCUCGAUAAACUGCUCUCCGCCGGUGUCACCGCUGUCGACGAGGCAGCGCAGCGGGCAUCACGUGUUUUCACUUUGAUUUUAAACUCACAAAGCUUCGCCGCGUCCUCACCGCGCUGGAGCUCACGGGGCUGGAGCUCACGGGGCUGGAGCUCACGGGGCUGGAGCUCACGGGGCUGGAGCUCACGGGGCUGGAGCUCACGGGGCUGGAGCUCACGGGGCCGGAGUCCAAAAACAAAUCUCCAAAAGUUUUUUUUUUUCCCCUGAUCAUUUCUAUCAGUGACAUCUGGGAGGGCAUCUGACACACGCAGUAUCUGCAGAUUAAGUGUGAUGCAACAGGAGGCUGGACUGUUAGGAUGUAACACAGUGCCUGAAACAGAACUUAUCAUUUAGUAAAGGUUUUGAAGCUGAACAGUUGAAACGAGUGAAUUCUUAAAUCAGUCGUAUUGAGCUUGUGUCUCUAUGGUUCUCAUCUCUGUUAUAAUUUACACAUUUUAAAUCACAAUAUUCAUCUGAAACAACUUCAUAAAAGACACAAAUCCUCUCACUUCCGCGUUAGAAAACUGCAGUGUCCAAUAGGAGCUGACGUCGCCGUAAACAUCAUCACACUAAAGCGCCUCAUGCUGUAGCGCCCCCUAUGGACAGAUGCACAUCACUAGAGCAGCACGUUUUUACAUUUGUACCAAAAUGACGACGCGACGCUGCAGAAUCCUACGAGUAUCAACGAUUAAGAAAAUAAAACUGGAGAAGGAAGAGCGGACGUCACAGUGGGCGUGUCACAGUUAGAGGUUAAACGGGGGCAGAUCGACAAAAUGGCGUCUUGAAAAUAGUCGAUUAAAGAUUAAACUCAAACAUGAAUCAGUCCAAAUAAAAUGUAACUUUCUGUUUAAAUAAAACAGGCUCAACGAGAAGAAACGACCAGAGUCUCACACACAAAGCGAUUUCCCUCAAAUGUUUUACUCUCAUUGCAGCAGUCGCUUCACGGGACUUCAGAAAAUGAUGAACUCAAACGGUGAAAGUCGGAUUAACCCACAUCCACAGGAAAUGAAACUGACCUUAGAGCUUCUAUAUCACACUUUUAUCACACUUUUACGAGCUUUAAUCCAUGUUCUAACUCUGUGUCCUCCUCAAACACUGGAGUUGUGUUUUGUUUCAUUCACAUGUUUGACUUUCACUUUAUUAUUCGUCUGUGACAUCUACAAAGCUCAAAAUGCGACGUUCCACCGUGUGAUGUCAUCAAGUGCAGCAGAACCUCCUCAGUCCAGAGUCAGUUUCAUUUUAAAUAUGAACAUGAGCCGCCCGUCCUCGCAGGAGUCGCUCUAAAAUGUACCAGUGUGGAGCUUUAAAUGAAUAAACCCCCAUUACAGACGUGAGCCGCGUGAAGCUGAGUGAAGCUGAGUGAAGCUGAGUGAAGCUGAGUGAAGCUGAGUGAAGCUGUGUGAAGAUGUGUGAAGCUGUGUGAAGAUGAGUGAAGCUGUGUGAAGCUGUGUGAAGCUGUGUGAAGAUGAGUGAAGCUGAGUGAAGCUGUGUGAAGAUGUGUGAAGAUGAGUGAAGCUGUGUGAAGCUGAGUGAAGCUGUGUGAAGCUGAGUGAAGAUGAGCGAAGCUGCGCGAAGCUGCGCGAAGCUGUGUGAAGCUGUGCGAAGCUGAGCGAAGAUGAGCGAAGCUGUGUGAAGCUGUGUGAAGCUGAGUGAAGCUGUGUGAAGCUGAGUGAAGCUGAGUGAAGCUGUGUGAAGCUGUGUGAAGCUGAGUGAAGCUGUGUGAAGCUGAGUGAAGCUGUGUGAAGCUGUGUGAAGCUGAGUGAAGAUGAGUGAAGCUGUGUGAAGCUGUGUGAAGCUGUGUGAAGCUGUGUGAAGCUGAGCGAAGCUGUGUGAAGCUGAGUGAAGCAGGACGAGUCUCUGGUGGAAAUAAACGUAACAGUUCCGGUUUGUUUUGGCGACAGCAUGUGAUUGUUUUGCAUGACUUUGCAUCAUGGCCCUGUCUUUUAUGUUUUAUUAAAUUUUAUUAUAAA